AACAUUUCCCGCCAAAAUCAGGCUGGAAAGGCUGACGACCAGCAGUUAUUUGGGGAUUUUCUCUGUGUAAAUGGUUGUUAAGUUGCAGAACACAGGACUGUGAGGUGUGUACAGCAGGUAACACUGCGUAGAUAACACCUGCCAAUUCAGGAUCAGACGAGAUACAGGAAUAAAAUACAAAAGGCGCCCAAAAACCCGACACACAAGAUGAAUGUUAAUAUCUUGAAACUUGCUUCAGUAAUUGGAACGUGCGUGGUGCAUGGAAUAGCAAUGGAGGCCAUUCCCACCACAGUCAUACACAUUCCUGUCGGAGAACAUGUCCUGUUCCCUGUAACCUUCCACGACAACGUUCAGUAUGAAGUGACCAUAAGGCGGCGAUCUCCAUUAUCUAUCAAGAUAUUAGGAUGGAGACCCAGUAGCUCGGAGAAACCUUAUAUUGUGCACCCACUGUAUCAACGCAGGAUUGAAAUCUACUUGAAAAGAUAUGUAAUGUUGAAAAAUUUACUUAUUGCUGACAGUGGGGAAUAUGAAAUACAAACUAACUACUUUGAGGCAGUACUGAAGAACCGGGAUCAAAGCAUUUUCAAUUUACAGGUGUAUGAACCAGUUUCCCAGCCUGUGGUGACCAUUCAUGGUAACUGUGGAACAGCAGACAACAUCACUCUGAGGUGCUCUGUCUCCAAUGGAAGCAAUGUAAUGUUCCACUGGGAAAAGGACUACUUAUCAAUCAAUGACACAUAUGCAACAGAACUAGUCAUAGAUUGCAUUAAUGCAAAGGAGCACGACACCUACAAGUGCAUUGCAAAGAACCCAAUCAGUAAUGCAAGCAGUAAUCCAGUGUCAUCAGGGUGCUUUGAUGGCAAUGAUUCCACAGAUAAUAGUCGCCAUAGGAUUGUCCUUGUUCUCGUUUCAUUGUUGAUUGCGAUUCUGGCUAUAACCACAUUUGGCUACUUUCUACAUGAAAGUAAAUCAAGACGAGGAUGCAACAAUGGGAUUCAAUGAAGCAAUUUAACAACCCAAGAUCUCUUUUCAAACUGAAUUUAAUCAGAGCUAGAUUUGGAUAGGUCUUUUCAAAGAACCAGCAGACACGGUGGGCCAAAUGGCCUCUUUCUGGGCUGUAUAAUUCUGUGAGGUGCCACAAACGUAAAUGAUCAAAAUUUUAAGCCAUCUACAUUGUGUAUUUUUUUUAAGGUGAAUGAUUCAAGUUACACUGAAUCAAGUUAUUUUUCUAUACAUCUCUAUUUUGUCAUUUUAUAAAACAUUUGUAUAAUUUGUACUUUUUAUGACACGAGAAACAUAAAUGCUUAAAUCCAAGUAGUUUUUGGUUUGUACUGUAUUUGAAAUGAAAUUGUGAAUGCACUAGCUGUCUUCUCAUUAAAUCUUGUUGAUAUAAA